UGUGUGCGUUAUGUCGUGCAUUGUUAUACAUAUAUAUGUAUAUAGAGCGCAGUGUCAAAGUUGAAAAUAGAAGUGACGGAUUCUAUCAGAAAUUAAUCAUAUUGUUAUCGAGUUUCACGCACGGCUCUACUCGCGGUAAUUCGACAGCAACGCGUCUCGCGUGGGAAGGGGGGGGGCGGGCCAUUUUCAUAAGCGAUUCUGAUAUUUUUUCUUCCACGGUAUGUCAGAGGGCGAGGCUUUGUCGCAGAAGAAGCAGCAACCAUUUCACUCGCAGCAACAGCAGCAAAUCGGAGCAGGCCCGAUGGCGAAUAUGGCGUGGCAAUAUCCUACGAAUAAUAUGCACAACAUGUUUCCUCCUUUCCCAGGGCAAAUGUAUGCAGGCCCAGGAUAUCAAGGUGUGCCGCACCAGGGACAGAUGUUUAACUAUUAUCAAACGAUGAUGCCUGGAUAUGGUCAGACUUUUAAUCCACAGCAAAUGCAGCAGCAACAACAACAGCAACAGCAGCAGCAGCAACAACAACAGCAGCAGCAGCAGCAGCAACAGCAGCAGCAGCAGCAGCAACAGCAGGGGAACAAUCAAACAAAACAGCAGUUACAUCAACAACCUCCUAUACCUGGAACUCCGAUGGCACUGGAUGAGGAUUCAGAUCUUCCUCCGCUGCCACCAGGUCCACCGCCAGCGGUUCAACAGACUCCACAACAUAACAAUCACAUGCAACAACAGCAGAUGUCUUAUCCGGGACUUAUGUACAACUCGUUCCCCUACAAUAAUUGGAAUGCAAUGCACAAUACUUCUCAAUACAACGGACAGAUCCGUUUCAAUCUGCCGAACAAGAAAACAGGUCUUGGAUAUACGCCAUCCGGCAAUAGUGGUGCCGCGAAGAAAAAGCGUAAGCGGAACAAAAAUUUAGCAGCUCAAUUCAACAAUAGCUUUCAGGAAAACACUCCAACAAUCGGCCCCUUCAUGCCUAAUGGGCCCAACGCGAAGUCAGUGGAACUGCCGCCGUUGCCGCCCGCGCAGUGUGAGGUGGCAGCUCCUCCGCCUCCGAGUGAGGAACCACCGCCUAGUGCCGUCGUGCCUGUCACCAAGGCGUCCAAGAACGCGGUUUCCAGUGCCAGCGUCGCUUCUUCUAUCACGACCACUCCCAGUCCGGUGGGAGACUGGCCUGACAGUUUGAAGAAUUACGUGAACCGAUGUUACGAGAAAUGUAAGACGGCGGUCGAUAAGGAUCAAGUCGAGAUCAUAUUGAAGGGAAAAAUCACGCGCGCUGCGAACGACGGUUCGCUCUGGGUGAAAGACUGGGAUAAGGAACCUCUGCCCAGCAUCCACAGCGAACGCAUGACUAUGAUAAUCAAACCUCAGAAGCCGGCGUUAAAGUUGGCGAAUCCUCUGGCCAGCCCACUGGUCAAUGCACAGGGAGGCCUGCGCAAGCCCGGCCUCUCCAGCUCUCUCGGGGCUCGGCUUGGCGCGCGUCUCUCUGUGACACACAGCAGGCGGUCGAGGUCGAGGUCGAGAUCUAGGUCGAGGUCAAGAUCAAGAUCCAAGUCGAGGUCGCGAUCCCGUUCGCGGUCACGCUCGAGAUCAAGGUCGACGCGUUCGCGCACACGUAGCCCGCCAUCGCGCAGAUACAACAGGCGCAGCACAUCUUCGUCGUCGAACAUUAGCGAUCGGGAACACGAUUACAAGGCAGUCAAAGUGAAAAAAUCCGCGCGCAACAACAACAAAGCGAAUCACAACAACAAGAAGACAAAGAAGAUUAAGCAGAAUAAGUCACAUUUCUAUUCCGAGUUUGGUUUAGCUACAGGCAAUGCGGACGAGUUGGGCACCAAGGAGAAGCUGCAGCAACGCGCUGCCAGAUUCAACGACGGCGUUUCCAGGACGGUGGCCAGCAGUGUCAGCGUUAGAGACGAUCCGAACUCGGUCGACUUCGACUUUACCGGACUCCACAUCGUCGGCACGUGCAAGGAUCUAGAGAAGCCUUAUUUGCGUCUCACAUCGGCUCCUGCUCCUUCUGCAGUUCGACCGGUAAGUGUACUUCAAAAUUCUUUGGCCCAUGUCAAGAAACGUUGGUUAGCCGACCAGGACUACAGAUAUGCUUGCGAUCAACUGAAAUCCAUUCGGCAAGAUCUUACCGUGCAAGGUAUCCGGGACGCGUUUACAGUUCAUGUAUACGAAACUCACGCUCGUGUAGCUUUAGAACGCGGCGAUCAUGAAGAAUUCAAUCAAUGUCAAACACAGCUGAAGAUGUUGUAUCAGGAUCUUGGGGGCGAAAACCGAUGCGAGUUCGUCGCGUAUCGCAUACUCUAUUACAUCUUCACAAAAAAUACUCAAGACAUGACGACAAUUUUAGCAGCACUUACGGCAGAGGACAAGAACGAUGAGUGUAUAAAGCAUGCAUUGAAAAUACGCUCGGCGUGGUGGUUGGGUAACUUCCAUGCUUUCUUCAAACUAUAUAGAACGGCACCACGAAUGUCCGCCUUUUUAAUGGAUUGGUUUGUCGCGAGAGAACGGAAGAAGGCAUUGAAAUUCAUGAUAAAGUCCUACCGGCAAAAUUUGGCGGUUCAUUUCGUCGUAGCGGAAUUGGCCUUUGAGUCUUCAGACAAGUUUUAUGAAUUUGUCAGUGAGUUCGGCUUGGUUUACGCUGAUCUCAUUCGACAGCAAAUCGACUGCAAGGCGAGCAGUGGUAGUCUAGGUGGUUGGUAGAAGGCAACGCCGCUCUACUCUCCUACCUUUACCCCUCGUGGCGAAAAAUAACGUAACACGCGAAAGAAAAAAAAGUCCUUCACACAUACACAUGCAUAUACAUGCACAAUAAAUGUGCAUCAUAUGUUUAUAUGCAUAUGUUUCCGGCAUGUUACGUGCGCGUGUACGACGCAUAUGCAUAUAUAUAUUUGACGGAUAUUCUAUUUCACUGUUACGCGUGUCACUAUAAAUUCUCCUCGCUCUCGGAAGCCGCACGGUGUUGAUUCCGUCUCUCGCAAACGAUCGUCAUCAUCCCACGGCGGUGCCACAAUUUUACAACUGUCAGGCACAAAGUCGAAAGCCUGGAACUUCGUCUUCGCAACUCCGAUCGUGCAUUUGUACAUAAACCACCCUUCGUUCGGUUUCCCCGCGCACACUUGUACUCGCAAGAGGACUUAUAUAUUGGAUUCUUCGUCGGGGGGCCGUGGAAUUGUACAAAAAUUGGGAUGGAUUAAUUUCCAUUCAUCCGGCGCUACCUCAGUAAAAAGAUUAAAUGAAAAAAAAAACUCCUUAUAAGGAUUAUCAUAACGCAAAUGGUAGAACCUGCAGUCUUUGCAAAAGAAAAACAAAGGCCAUUUUUCGUAUAUUCUCGGGACGAUUUGUCGACAGGACCGAUUGUCGACAGGAGAAACGAACCUCUCUCUUCUUUCCAAUCAUUGUUAGCGUGACGCGCGCACACACGCAUCACUGCCACAGUGAUCUAUCGAUGUUCCAAGUAUUCUUUUAAGUAUUACCACACGAACAAGCUGUAGCUAAUAUCCCGACUGAUCUACAACACAAAUCUUUUUCCCUUUGAAGAGAAGAGGACUCUAAUGAGGAUUUUGUUCCACGGAUUCGGAGAUUCGAUUCGCGUCUGAGAGGAAGAUAGCGAGAUGACUAUACGACACGCAACUUGUAUUCGUGAGAGACUCUCUUCUUAGUCAAUGAGGAACACAGGAUUUCCGGUUAAGUGACAAAAUGCUAUUUCUUGGACAACCCGAAGAAAACCGGUAGGAAAUCAGACUGAGAGGAGGAAGAAAAAGUAGCAGACUUGUUUCCCGGGACAUCGUUUUUCGGCUCGUUUUAUCGGAACAUCGUUAUUUGGUGCUGAACUACGUGUCAAUUUAAGAGAAAGCGUCUCUGGGUUGGGAACGAAGGCAGGAAGACCGAAGAUUUGGGAGAGCAUUAUUUCUGCCGGACGCGAUGAGCGGCGCUUCAUCGUUAGUUCUCCAACACGUGUUGAGUGAUUAAUUUUGUAAUUAAUUUUAUUCGCGUAAUUUUUUUUUUAUUAAAUAUCCAUGCGCGAGCUGUAGAUACUCGUCCACUUUGGAGUCGUCUUUUUCUCGUUGGACUUUCCAGGUGGCCGUUCUUCAUUUCCGUGCGCGCAUGGAAAUGAUGCAUCAUUGCGUUAUCAUACGAAUUUGGAAAGGGGGAUAAAUCCAUUGUACAAUAUUUACUCUUACGAUGUUGUGCAUAAUAAAUUAUUUAAUUUUC